AUGGCAGAAUUUGUGGAAUUUCAAACGGAGGAGAUGAUCCCCGAAUUGGAACAAUUAGAACAAUUCCGAAUAUUCAAUGAAGCUGAAAUUCGCAAAAUUAUAAAAUCGAGAAAAAGAUUUCAGUACAAGAUUCAGAGACAAACAAAAAACUUGGAAGAUUAUGUACAAUACAUCCAAUAUGAAAUGAAUUUGCUAAUGUUGGUGAAGACUCGGAGGAAGAAGCUUGGGCUUGUUGAGAAGAAGCAUAAUCAAGUGGAUAUGAUUGUUGCCCGUCGUGUCAAUAAAUUAUUUGAACAUGCUCUUAAUAGAUUUAGCAGAGAUAUUAAUUUAUGGUUAUCGUACAUGAAAUUUUGUAAGCAAAUUAAGAUUUUUAAGGUUAAUGUGAGCAACAAGUUGAUUACCAUGUUAGGUGUUCAUAGCUCCAAACCAAGUUUGUGGAAACUUGCUGCAGAUUGGGAAUUUGAAGAAAACGAAUCAAUUGAAAAUGCUAUCCAAUUCAUUAUGAGAGGUUUGAGACACCAUCCGACCUCCAAAUUGCUCUUUGAAGAGGCUUUUAGGUUGGAAUUGAUUUAUUCAGAAAAGAAACAGAAGGAAAUGGCAUUUGAGGGUUCAAAACUUCACCCAGGAGAGAAAGAAAAUGAUUCCUGUUCAUCUGUAAAUCCUGAUUCUCUUCAAAGUGGGGAUGCUAAUUCUUCAGGACAGCCACACAUUUCUGAAAGCCAUGUGUUGCAGUGGAAGGAUGCAAUACAAGAUCCUGUAGACUCGAUAGAUCCUGUUAUUGGUUGUCAAAAUGCCAAAUUUAUUUAUGAAAAUGCUAUUAAAAGGAUUCCGGAAGCUUCUUUUCUAAUUAGUUUUUUCAAUAUUGCAAAACAUUUUGAUUUUACUGAAAAACUACAGUCAGAAAUGAUGAAAGAUUUGUUGAUACAUUUUUCAGAUGAUGAACUGACUUGGGAUACAUUAGCUCGUCUUGAAUUGAAAGGUACUCACUUUGCUUCAGAUCAUUUUUCAAGUAUGGAGGAAGGUAAAAUUGAAACAAACGAAAAUUCUGUUCCCCAUCAAGCUGCAAAAACUGAGAGUGAAAAAGUUCAUUAUAUGCGAAUCAGACGCUGCUUUACUGUAUAUCAAAAUGGGUUAAAGCACUUAAAUACAGAACGAAUGUGGGAGCUGUAUUUGGAUGCGUUAAUAGAAAUUAAUCAAGAUAUUAGAAUUCUAAAGAAGGUCAAGAGAAAGCUGUUGUUUUCUGCUUUCCAGAGUGCUCAUGAUGCAGAUCGUUUGCAAGAAAAGCAUUACAUACAGUGGGCUGACAUGGUUGGAAUUGGCACAGAAAAUUUAUCAGUAGUUUUAUGUAAGGCUACUGAAAAGUUUCCCUCUAGUACAGAAUUGUGUGAAUUGCUGCUGCGUCAUUAUAUGUUGCAAGAUCAAGACCAAAAUGUCAUGGACGUAUUCAAACGUGGUACUGCUUCCUUGGGAAAUAAUGAAUCUCUUUCUAUUUGGAAAAUGGUAAUUCAGUACUGGAAAACAAAGUCUGUGGAUAAAGUUAAGGAACUUUUUGAAGAUGGUAUGAAACAAGGACCUUCUGUUUCAUCUGCUUUGAAGCAAAUGUAUUUGGAGUGGAUUGUUUCAGUGAAAGGAAUAAAGGCUGCUCGUACAAUGUAUGAUGCAUUGUGUUAUCAGCCUCCAUUCUGUUUUGAUAUUCAUAAGAAAAUGAUAGAAUUGGAAAGUCUUCAACCAAAAGUGAAAAUGACUCGAAUUACAAGGUGUUUUGAAUUUGCUUGUGACCAGUUUGGCAAGCAUGAUAUUGGUGUCUGGAUGGAGUAUGUAAAAUUUGAAGUUAAAAAAGGGGAUCCAAAAAAGGUUAAAGAAAUUCACCAGCGGGCAUUAAAAACUCUUGAUAAAGAACUUAUUCAACAGUUCAUUAGUGUUUUCUGUGAAUAUUGGGCUGUUCAUAAACUUGAAGAUUAA